AUGAGGCUUAAAUACCCAGAUAUGGAGAAGAAGUUCCAACCUAAUGUGAUAGAGACCAAGGAUGAGUUGUAUGAGAGGAAGUUGAUGAAGCUAAAGGAGACGCCAAAGAAUGUUUCAACCACAUCCAGGACUAAGAGGGCUAUGCCUUUAAACCCGGCCCAACCACAGGACAAAUUGAUAAACCACCAACAGGAGAUGAUUGAGUACCAGCAAGAAUCAUCAUUGCCUUCUCCCAUGACAACUCCUUCCGAACCUUGUUCUCCAAGAAAUGAAGCGGAUGAGGAGGAGGUGAAGACAUUGGUAGUCUCCAAUGAUGUCAAUACCAUGGACACCUGUCAAUAUCCAGACUUGAUGAUGUCUACUGAUGAGGUGCUCCAAACUUAUGGCUAUCCAGUUUUCUAUGCAGUGGAUGGAAUGCCCAACUAUCCCUUGGUCUACCUUGAUAUCCAGACCCAUGAGACCAUAGUUGUCUACCCACCUCCACCUUCCAAUUCGAGCUGGUACUAG